AUGAAAUCGUUUAUCCAGUUUGUUACGGCCCCAACCUCCGACACGCCCGGUACCACCCUCUUCCUCCACUAUGAUGAUAAGCGGUACUUUUUCGGAAACCUGUCUGAAGGUACGCAGCGAGCGUGCAUAGAGAAUAAUGUCCGGUUAUCGAAGCUUUCAGAAGUUUUCUUGACUGGAAAGACUACUUGGGCCGGCAAUGGGGGAAUGUUGGGUAUGCUUUUAACGUUAUCGGAUACAAUGGCGUCUGCAUCAGGAGCCAUGGUGGAAGCUGAGUCGCGGAAAAUCAAAAAUCUUGAAGAACGCGCAAAGGCGGCGGUACGUCAGAAGAACGCCGAUGAGUUGAUGGCGCGGGUAAAACGGCGGAAGUUGGAAUUAGAAGCACUGCCGGAGUUCCAUGGUCAAAGGGCCAUAUCUCUGUAUGGUGGGCCUAACUUGACUCAUACUCUGGCCACCGGAAGGACGUUUGUCUGCCGGACGGGUGUCCCGAUCGAGAUUCGCGAAUUUGGGUGUCUUGGCUGCGAAGAGAGGGAUGCAACCAUUGACCUUUCGAAGCCAGCUUGGUCAGACGAUCAUAUCAAAGUCUGGGCAUUGCCUACAUAUCCAUCCAGCUCUCCCAGGCUACAACCGGGAAAAAGGACUUUAGAUGAAUUUGAAGGUGGGGAAGGAGCUGCUGCAACAACUGCUACUAGAGAGAAGGAUCUAGUAACCAGGCAGAAAAUUGUCUUGGACAUGUUCAACUCUCAAUGGCGUCUAGAUACGCUUGUUGAGACUCCUUUAGCCGAGGUGUCUCUCCCAGCUACGCUCUUUAUUCGGGAUAAAGACACCGGGGAGGUAAAGACUUAUGAAGGGCCAAAGCCUGGUGAUGGGGAGGUCCUACCGGACAUUAAUGUCCUUGUUCGACAGCCCUGGCCCGGUGCAAUGGUUGACUCUUUACCUGCAACUACCCCUUCGGACUGUGCGGUUUCAUACAUCAUUCGUGGCCAUGAUUCUAGAGGAAAAUUUGACAGGAAACGAGCUGAGUCUCUCAACAUUGCGGACAAGUCAGACUUUAGGAGGCUUGCUAGUGGAGAAACUGUGGUAUCAGCCGAUGGCAAGACUAUCACACCUGACAUGGUCCUGGGUGAAACCAGGCCUGGCAAGGGAUUCGCCGUGCUAGAGCUGCCUUCAGUUGACUAUAUCCAGAGCAUAAUUAAUCGAAAGGAGUGGGAAAACGCUGAAAUCAUGAAGGGAAUGGAAGUUUUCAUUUGGAUCCUUGGCUCCGGUGUUGGAGGCCAUCCUCUUCUCCAGGAAUUCGUGACCAAGAUGUCCAAAUACAAGCAUAUUGUUUCAUCCCCUGAUUAUUGCGCUGACAACUACGGUUUCCCUGCGGUAUCUACCGCUACCAUGGAACUUUCAGCUAUUGACGGUGAUCGCUAUCAAAAGACGUUCUGUAAUGGAGAAGCAAUGUUGCCCGUCAGUAAUUUUGCUGCAGCAGACACAAAAACCUCCAUCUCCAUCGCCCAACCUAACCUGACAAUUGACCUUGAGCCCAGCGUUAAGUUAACAGCUAGCUCAUCUCCGCCCUCGAAGCCAAUUAAUAUGUCUCGGAGAAACAGCUACUCUAGGGUUAUGGGAGAGAUACUCUCGCAGCCAGGAGUACAAAAGAGAAUCGAGAAGUUAAAGGCGAGUAUUCCCAAUGGGGAUGCUGAAAUUAUCGCUCUCGGAACCGGCUCAUCCUGCCCGUCCCGGUACAGAAACGUAUCAGGGACAUUAUUACGAGUCCCGGGUCAUGGGAACUACCUGUUUGAUGCUGGCGAAGGUACCCUUGGCCAGCUGAAGCGGACCUUUGGACCCGAUGAAUUGAAAGAGGUUCUUCGUGAUUUGAGAGUUAUCUGGAUCAGCCACCUACACGCAGACCAUCAUCUAGGAACUGUGUCUGUCAUUAAAGCCUGGCACGAAGCCGUUUACGGGCCCUUGUCCAGCUCGCCCUCCUACAUGGACAUCACCGAGGAGGAUGUGCCUCGGAUUCUAAGGGAGAAGAGACUGUACGUUGUUUCAGCUCAGCAUAUGCUGCAGUGGAUGGCCGAGUAUACAAAUGUUGAAAAUUACGGAUACGACAAAAUUGUCCCCCUGUCUGCAUCUUCAUUUGAACAUCCCGAUGGCAAAACGGACUAUACUUAUACUAUCCAUCGCCGACAAAGGAACGGUGCAGCCAUCCCGGGCAAGGAUGGGAAAUUCCUUGGAACACGAUUAAAAUUCGAUGAUAAGAAUUCUCCUCUCACAGAACUGCUGAAACAAGGCACUGGAUUGGAUGCUAUCCUCACGACUCCCGUAUCCCAUUGCCAGGGUGCAAAGGCAGUGUCUCUCAUCUUCCCGACAGGAUUUAAAGUGUCGUACUCGGGUGACUGUCGCCCAUCUACUCGCUUCAUAGAGAUGGGUCGUGGCUCUACCGUUCUGAUCCACGAAGCUACCUUUGAUGAUAACAUGUUAUCUGACGCAGUUGCUAAGCGUCACUCAACUGUCAGCGAAGCCAUGACAGUUGGUCUUAAGAUGGAGGCAAAAGUGAUUGUCAUGACACACUUUAGUCAACGGUAUCGUAAGAUGCCCGACAUCGCUAAUGCAAAAGAAGUACAUAUCCAGCCACCAAAGGGGUGGAACAAUAAGGGAAAUACCGCAGGGGACAAUAAACCACGUCAAGCUCCCUCAGUAGUCCGUGAUAUUCCUACCUCAGAAGAUGUAGAGGAGGACUACACGAUGGCCGAGACCGACGAGAGUGAAGCUGCAAAGGCGACUCGCCCAAGAUCUCGCUCCCGGUCGAAAAGUCCAUCUACUUCUACCAACAACCCCCCUAUCGUCAUUGCAUUUGACCAUAUGAGAUUGCGUGUAGCAGACGCCAUACAAGCAGAGGCCCACCAGCCUCUCCUGACCAAAUUUCUCGAAACAACAUCAGAUGAGUGA